AGUAACAACAGGGCCGUGUGCACUGGUUUGGUUAUAACUUGCUAACGUCACAUUAGCUUUCUUGCUUCCUGACAUUACUUGCCAUUUCCAUUGAAAAAUGGCAACUACAGCGUUUCGCUGUAAUUUGAUUUAACUAGUUUGUCCUUCAUUUAACGCUGUUAGCCGACAACGGAAACGGGCUAGCUUUGCUGUCGUGUGGCGUUUUGUCCUGUCGACAUCGAUCAUCCUAGUUCUCACCAUCCGUGGUAAAUCAAAGACAGACACUGGGCAUUUUGCCAAAUUAUAGGUUCAGCUGGGUUGUGGUCAUGCAGCACCCCAAUGUCGAGACUCGCCACCCGCUCCAGACAGACGAGCAGCAGGAGACAGGUUUUGACCCACUGCAUAAUUUCAACAAGAACCGCAGCAGUACGUCAGCUCUUAUUGACAGUUCUCAAGGAGGAUCUAUUGACAGCAACAGUUACUCACAGCCUCAGUCAACCUUUGUCUCAUACAGGAAAGAAUGGGACGACUUGUUCCUCAACAGUAAUUACCUGGCCAGGAUCCGGCAGGCAGGCAUCAGCGGUCGACUGAGGAGCAGCCGCUUUCGGAGCGUAUGCUGGAAGCUGUACCUGGAGGUCCUUCCAGAAGACAAGGGACAGUGGAUCAAGAAGAGCGAGGAGCUCCGGGCCCAGUAUGAGAAGAUCAAAGAGAUUCAUAUCACCAACCCUCGCAAGGCUACAGGACAGCAGGACCUGAUGGUCAACAACCCACUGUCCCAGGAUGAGGGGAGCCUCUGGAACAAGUUCUUCCAGGAUAAAGAGCUGAAGGGGAUGAUCAAACAGGAUGUGUUUCGAACGUUUCCUGAAAUCCAAUACUUCCAGGAUGACGAUGUGAGGACCAAGUUGACCAACCUUCUCUUCUGUUAUGCCAGAGAAAAUGAACAGUUACUGUAUAAACAGGGGAUGCACGAGUUGCUGGCUCCAAUUGUGUUUGUGCUGCACUGUGACCAUCAAGCCUUCCAGCAUGCCAGUGAGACAACCAGCCCCAGUGCAGAGAUGAAGUGUCUGUUGAACCCAGCGUACCUUGAACAUGAUGCCUAUGCCAUGUUCUCACAGUUGAUGGAGACGGCUGAGCCAUGGUUCUCCAGCUUUGAGAGGGAAGUGAGGAAGGGUAAGGAAGAGAUACUGACCAGCAUCCCAUUUGCUCGGCCCCAGGACUCAGGGCCAUCUGUUGCCAUAGUAACAAAAGUCAACCGCAUCCAGGACCUGCUGGUGAAGAAACAUGACGUGGAGCUGCACAUGCACCUCAACCGGCUGGAGAUUGCCCCACAAAUCUAUGGCAUCCGGUGGGUACGUCUGCUGUUUGGUCGUGAGUUUCUGCUCCAGGACUUGCUGGUGGUGUGGGACGCCCUGUUUGCUGACAGCGUCACUCUGGACUUGGUGGACUACAUCUUUGUGGCCAUGCUGCUCUACAUCCGAGAUGCUCUCAUUGCAAGUAACUUCCAGACCUGCCUGGGCCUGCUAAUGCACUACCCUCCAAUAGGAGACAUCAACUCUCUGCUGCAGAAGGCUCUGUUCCUGAGAGAUCCCAAAAACAAUCCACGACCUGUCAACUACCAGUUCCAGCAGAACCUGGAUUACUACAAUACAAGGGGAGCUGACCUGAUGAAGACACGUUCUAGUUCCACUGCAAAAGCAGUCCCCCUCAACAUCAACAAGGUCUCCAGCAGCCUGCUGAAUUUUGGCAGGAAGCUCAUUGCGCCGGCCAUGUCAGGUGGGUCUGGCAGCUUCUUACCAAUCAACAGCGAGGUACACUCCCCGUCUUCCCCCUCCUCAUCCACUUUCCCUGCCUUGGCCAACACACCCAUACUGCCUCAUCCACUGGCCGAGCCCCCAUCGGGACAUGCUCCCGUCCAGCCACUGAGCCACGCCCAGGGUCAGCAUCACCGCCUGCUCAAGUCUGAGAGCAUGCCUGUGCAUCUCAGCAAAGAUGUAGUUUCAGGUGGAGUGGCUCAGGUCUCUCUCCCAGCUCAGAUUCACACUGACACCCAAGGCCAAAGCUCCAGGGCAGUCAGUUCCUCUCCUAGUAUAGAAAGCCUUUCUGGUGGGCAGGGUCAGUCCACAGCCUCCCCACCUCUUCCUCCCUCCAGAGGCAGUGAUGUCAGCAUGUCAUCUCCCCCACUCUCUGCCACCAAGAAGGAGUCUUUCUUCAAUAUAACUCGUUCUCGCUCCCACAGCAAGAGCAUGGGCAAGAAAGAGACAGAGGAGGACCUGGAGGCACGGGUGUCUUUCCUGCAGGGUCAGAUCAACGACCUGGAGGCCAUGAGCAAGUACUGUGCAAAAAAGAUGAACGUGCAGAUCUGUAAGAUCCAGGAGGUGAUCCUCCAGGAACACCUGGAAAAGGAGGAUGAGGUACUGGUGUCACUGGCUGGACUCAAACAGAUCAAAGACAUCUUGAAGGGGGAGCUGCGCUUCAACCAGAGCCUGCUGGAGGCCGAGGAGAACGAGGAGAUAACCAUCGCUGAUGAUCACUACACAUCCACAGCAACUGCUGAAACUGCUCUAAGCGCCAGCACUCAUCACAACGACCAGUUACAACAACACGGCAGCAGCACACAGAGCCGGGACUCUGAUCAGGACGGGAGCCUGAGCAUGGAUGAGAAAGAAGAAGAGGAGGAGCAGUCGAUGACCCCACUUGAGCAACAGGUGGGGACUUCCCUCAGCUCAGAGGGUAAGAACUGGGACGACUAUAUCCUCGUAUCCCAGGAUGGAGACCUGCAAGCCACCGAAGGAGGAGGAAGAAGGGCUGCGGCCGAGCACACCGCUCCAACCAGGCGAGGUCGCGGCUUUGUGCGAUUGGAGCCUGAGCGUACAGCUGGGACCUUCCACGACCCGCUGACAACUGGCACCACUUCAGGCUCCUCCAGCCCAGACGAGGGCUCCACCCACAGCAAGGACUCUGAUUUCACCAUUGUUAACCCCAAUGACCUGUGAGAGAGCACAUCACCCCUGUCGUCGUUGUCGUCAUCCUCUUCCUCCUCCUCCUCUUCUUAUAUAUUGAUCAAGUCCCAUUCAGUGGGUGUGAUGAAAGAAAACUGAUCUGGUAUCUGAGGGGGGAAUCUGCAAUUUUUGGCAGAGCACCACCUGAUCUGCUCUUGGCUAAAACAUUGAUUGUACAUCUGGACUGUGACACUUCCAGUCACAAAUACCUUAUACCCUGUGUCAUUAACUGUCAUCUGUGCCACCUUGGUCCUGUCUGAGCUGAUGCUGUAUACUCUCAUAUACACAACGCCUGUCUCCUCAUCAUGUAGGAUCCUGUCACUCAUGAAUAGUAGUGCCCUGUCCUGCAGAGAAAGGGUGCCAGUGUACCCACAUCACUACAUGGUUAUUCUUUGAGUUGGACCUCAAACUGCAAUUU